GGUCUUUUUCAUUUUUUCGAAAGCUAUCUCUAUAAAACCCUCGUCGUCUCUACCGCUCGCUUAUUGGUCUAACAAUCGGCAAAAUGUACAGGCUCCUGGCUAUAGCUCUCCUCUCUGGAGCCCUGGGGUCCAUACUGGAUGGAGACGUGGACUUGUUGGAUGGAGUUAGGCUGGUCAGCGUGCCUAUCUCCAACAGUCUCGAAGACGAAGGCAGAUCGCUUGGGGAUUCAGCUUUCUACCGAAUGGCGAAGUUCCUAUCGGGCCACGAGUUGCACGUGAAACUACCGAAUCUGAUAGAAAAGGAUAAAAUCAGUCAGAUCUUCUCCGAGUCUUUGAAAGUCAUUGAUGAAUCUUACAAGGAGAAUAAUGUGACCGGUCGAGGCAAGGGCGGCGGUGCCGGUGGCGCAGCCUUAUUGGGUUUAUUGUUCGCGAAGGCGCUAGGAGCAGCCGGUAUCGGAGGCCUAGGGCUCCUUACUAUGAAGGCGCUGGCAGUAUCCGCGCUCGCGCUCAUGCUGUCAGCCAUUGUGGGCAUCAAGAAGCUGUCCUCUCACGAUGAUCACGACGACCACCAGGUGAUAUACGCUGGUCACCACGGCCACCACAGACGGAGGAGGAGCAUCCUGCCUUACCGGGGCUGGCCGCAGUAUAGUUAGGUUAGGUUAACUUAUUGUACCAUCGAGGA